AUGGCUCCAACAUUUGACGCCUCGACAACCUCUUAUGCCAAUGCCGCCGCUCUCGCGUCCUCCUCCUGUCCCUCAUGCGGUUAUCAUCUACCUCUCCCAUCAGAACAUUCGAGCGAAGCUGCUGAAGCACAUCGUCGCGUUCUCGAUCUUGAGGCCCAAGUGAAACUACUCAAUUCUAAAGCUGCCGCGGCCGUUGACAAGUUGGCCGAUUAUGAAGACGAGAUUCGAUACCUCAGAGAAGCACAUGCGCGGUCUCAGCAGCAGCAGCAGCAACAACAACAACAACAACAGGCAGCUUUUACAAGUAGUCCACCACUUGAAGGGCCUGGACCGGCUGUUGCGCAGUCCAGACUAGCCAGUCUGAGUGCUCUUCUACCAGGUCGCAGAAAAGAAUCCAAUCCGGCAAAUCCGCCAUUGACACCAGCCACGACGACUUUCCCUCAAAACAACGCCGCGGACACCAACAACACACUCUCCCCUCCUAAGAACCCCUUUUUGGGCGCCAAUCGCUCCGCUCCGACUCUUCAAUCCGCACAGUCUGAUAGCCAGCUUGUAACCAUGUCAUCUUUACAGAGUUCUCUAGAAGAAGAGCGCAUGCUCCGAAUGCGCGCCGAGUCUAACCUUACCCAGACGCAAACAGAGCUCGAAGAUCUCACGGCCCAACUGUUUGGUCAGGCGAACGAGAUGGUUGCGACCGAGCGUAAGGCCCGGGCCAAAUUAGAGGAAAGAGUCAAGGUGCUUGAGCACAGGGAUGUGGAGAAAAGGAAGAGGCUAGAUCGAUUGGAAAAAGCGGUCAUGAGGAUCGAAAGAGUUAGAGCCAUGGUUGGGGAUUGA